UCAGAAAGAUGAGACUUAUGGCUUGCUGUAGAUUGCAGGUGCUUUCUCUGGCAGUGGUUGUGUCCAUGAUGAUUGGAUUCGCUAUCCAGAUGCUUGGGAUUUCCAUUCAGAAAAGACCGCAGCUAGUUCCCCUGGAUCGAGCACAGGAGUCACCACCUGUUUUUAUACGUGAGGAUGUCAUGCAGCGACAGUGCCAUCCCAAGAUGCACAUCAUGUUCCUAAAAACACACAAGACAGCAAGCAGUACAAUACUGAACAUUCUGUAUCGUUUUGGUGAGACCCACGAUCUCACUUUUGCUCUCCCACUUCAUUACCAAUUUGGAUACCCAAAUCUUUUCCGUGCCCGGCGUGUUAAAAAUUACAGACCUGACAGCAAACAGGAGUAUCACAUCUUGUGUAACCACAUGAGAUUUUUCUUCCCUGAGAUUAAAAAAGUGAUGUCUCCGGAUACCUUUUUCUUUUCCAUAUUACGGAAUCCUAUUACUAUGGCAGAAUCUUCAUAUGCAUAUUACAAAUCUGUAUCCAGUGCCUUUAAGAAAGUGAGAAGUUUUGAGCAGUUCCUAGAUGAUCCUUGGAAAUAUUAUUCCAUACAGGAGCCUAGCAACCAUUAUGCAAGAAACCUUCUGUGGUUUGACUUUGGAUUUAACCAAAACACUAACUACACUGAGAAGUACAUGGAGACAGUGAUCUCAAAUAUAGAAAACACUUUCCAUUUAAUCCUGUUAGCUGAGUACUUUGAUGAAUCUAUGGUGCUUCUGCGGGAGUCGCUAUGCUGGGACCUCGAUGAUGUAGUGGCCUUCAGGCUUAACUUCAGGAGCAAGGAAUCUGUAAGGCAGCUGUCCAGCGAGUACAUUGAGAAGCUUAAAGCUUGGAACAGUCUAGACUGGCAUCUCUAUUCACACUUUAACAGGACAUUCUGGAAGAAAGUUAAGCAGUACGGAUAUGAAAGAAUGCAGCGGGAUGUAUCACUUCUUAAGCAAAAACGUCAAAAUUUAAUGGAGUUGUGUCUUAUAGAGGGGAGGCCUGUUGAGGCAGCCAGGAUUCAGGAUAAAAGCAUUAAACCUUUGCAGUUUGGGCAGGCUAGGAUCUUGGGUUACAAUAUCAAGCCUGAACUCAGUGGUAGCUUGCGAGAAAAAUGUCUCCGUAUGGUCAUCCCAGAACUUCAACACAAAGACUUGAUUGACAUGAAACAGUUCCCACCUACCAGUCUCCCCACAGUUAGACAAGAAAAUCAAGGGAGAUUACAAAUACAUAAAAUGGGCAUUCAUGGUGGAAAUAUUAACGCACAGCACCUUUGACAAGGACUGUUGGAAUAGAAAGUGUUAGAGUGUCAUCUCAGUGGCAGAGGCCUUCAUCCCAAGAUUGGCCUAUGAUAAUAACAAAAGGAAAAAUGGCAACAGAGCUGUUUGCUGAAAGCUUGUACUGUGAACAAUAUUCUGAUACCACACUAAAGAUGUGCUGAAUGUUAUGGCACUGUUCUUAGGAGGUGCUGGCAUGGUACGUGUAUUUUCAGGCUAUUAAGGGCAUAAUGGUUUGCAAAGCCAUGAGAAACAAAUAAUGUAACGCUAAAAAACAUUCACUUACAGGAUUAAAGCAAGAGUCUUCAUCAGUAUUUAGCCAGACUACAGGCUAUCUAUACCCCCUAAAGUACAUACACCGGGCCCGUCCAUAGCAGUACAUUAUAUAAAAUGAUUAGGCUGCCUUUCUGCAUGAAGAUGGGUAGAAAAACUUUCACCUUUCUGCAUGAAGAUGGGUAGAAAAACUUCCAGAAACUAGCAAAUACUUGAAUUUAGAGCUAUGACCUGAGCAGUCUGAAGCUGGGUCCAUUCAUCCCUUGAAAAGCCACACACUUCUACUUUUUUCAAAGAGGGCUCUUAGUUAUGGGGUGAUAUAUGAUGCCAUCAGGUGCUGGGUGGUCGUGAUCAAUGAUGAACAAGACAGAUGGGACCCUGGAUUCAGGACAAACUAGAAAAUCAAGUCAUAAAAUAUUGAUGAAUGUUUUGUUCGUAUUCAGCCCUAAGAUUGCUUCAUUUUACCUGCUGUUAGGUGUGCUGCUGUGUAUAUGUUUUCUCUUUUCUAAAUUUCCUCAUAUUGCAUCGCCUCAGUGUCUGUACAGUACAGCUGUUGCCUCCCCUCCUUUGUGCUUCUUUCCAUUUAUAGCAGGGAAAACAACUUUUCAAAAGACUGGAAAAGUAAAUCCUGUCAUUGACUAUUAUUUAUCCCACCACCUGCAGCUAGGCAGAAUGUAUGCUUUCUUAUCUUUUGAUUUCUUCAGUUGACACCCAGCCAUAACACAUGCAUGGAUCCCCUACUUCUGUGAUUUGAACAGUAGUGUUUUUGCUUUCUUCCCAGAAGAUUUAGUUACACAGUCUCCUUUGAUUGCCUAGCUAUGUAUUAGUACCACCAUUUGUCAUCCAUCAUGUUAUAUUUACAUAAAACAUCAUAGAAAAAAUAUUUUGGUUUAUGUUUUUAACAUUUGAGCACAUUGGCAAUUGAUCAUUCACAGAUGCUGUGCUUUAUGUUUGGGCCACAAGUGUCAGAGAAGAGAGAAAAGGCGAGUUUUAUGUUUGUUUUAUACCUUUUCCUUUUUCUCUUGAGUUUGGUGGGAAGGUAUAUAUAGAGAUGUUGGGGUAGAGGAACAGAAGCUGCACGUCAGGGGGUGCAGCACUAUGAGAAUGUAAUUUUUUUCUCUCUUUAUACAUUAGUUGCUGUUUAUGUCUUAGUUAAACGAGAUGCAGUUAUUUAUAGUAAAUAUUUUCAGCUGUACUGUUACAUACAAAUGCGUCUCUGGGACUGGAUAUAUCUCUAGCAUAAAUACAUAAAAAAACAGCAGUAAAAAAUGGUUCCCUGACAGUCUAUUGAAAAACAUUUGUGCAAAAAUGGUCAACAUGGUUUGUAAAUGCAUAUUUUUCUGUAAUGGGUAACCCGUACCCCCAAUGCAGAGGAAUUUUCCAUGUACUCACUAGAACUUUAUAUAAUCAUCUUGAAAUUCUUUGAACCUCAGGGUAAGGACAAACCCCAACCAUAACAAUCUCCUUCUGUGAAUGGAUACUUAGGCUAAGUGCAUAUAUCAGGCACUUAACAUUUGCACAAGAGGAAGGGUAUCCAACAGAGAAACAAAGGAUGCAGUGUACUGGCUUGAUAGUACACUGCAUGACUGUCUAUGAUGCUGGUGAUAUGGUUCAGAAAUGACCAGGGUUAUUUUAAGGCAUAGGAUAAUCUCAUCUCUGACGACCAUGAUGGAUGGUCAGAGAGAGAACUACUGCAUUAAAGUUCUGGGUGCUGCAGACAUUCCAAGAAGGCAAUCAUGGCUGAUGCUACAGAGGCUGGCAGGCAACAUUUGUUACUGAGUGGUCCAUUUCUCCACCCUUAACCUGCCUGGGCAGCACAUUUUGCUCUCUGGCUUGGCUGAAAUAGUUUUUUUACAAGCUUACUUGUGGAUACGUAUUGAUGCAAGUAUGCAUUUAUUAUGAGAUGAGGCUUACAAAGUAUGAUAUAAUUUUAGCUAAUGAUGCAGUUCACGGAUUCAAAAGUAUUUAAGGGAAUUUUUAGAUGUUUCUCAUUUUUGGUUACUACCGAGUUAACCAAUUUUGAUAUUAAAAUGUGUGUAGCUAGGUGGUAUGGGAAUGCUGUCUCUUAAGGCGCUCAAAAUGAAAUAUCUAUUUUUGAGAUAUGACAUUAUACAGGACAAAUCAUAUCCUCAAUCAGUGCAAAAGACUUAUUUGCAUGUUAUUAACAAAAAGAGCUCACUGUUCUAGAAUUUUAGUUUUUUUUUUCUAUUGUUUGCUGUUGUAAUUUUGGGUUUAAUAUAUAAUGACAGAAUCCAAAAGACUGGGAGAAGUGAAACAGAGCCUGACCACCAAGAUGGAAUCACUGUCCCACCCUGCUGACAGUGCCACCCCCUUAUAGGUAUGCAUCAGUGGAGUCACUGCCCCACCCUGCUGACAGUACCCCCCCAUAGACACUGGUCAGUGGAAUCACUGCCUCACCCUGUAGAUGGUGCCACCCCCUCUGUGUAUGUGUACUUACAUACAUAUAUGUGUGUGUCUGUGUAUGUAUCUGUAUAUAUAUAUAUAUAUAUAUAUAUAUAUAUAUAUAUAUAUAUAUAUAUGUAUGUGCAUACGUAUGUAUGUAUUGUUCAUGCGUGUGUGGAGUUUGGAGGUAUGGUUUUGGAGUGGCUACAGACUCUAAUUAGUGGAUUAAUUUCUCUAUAUAUUCCUGUCAUCCUAUGAUCUGGAGAAGGUGCAGGAAACAAAAUCCCACAGCUUAGUAGCAAAUAUUACCUACAGAGGCUUUUUCUUGUGUCUAUGUAUUAUGACACACUUCUUAGAAACAAGUAACUACAUUUACCUUUAAAUGGCAAUAGGUCAGCAUUAUUCAUAUUUAGACUUUGUUGAUGUUUCCCAUGUCCAUUUAUUAUGAGAAAAACAAGGGACUAAAUUUACCUUUAAAUAGUAACAGCCCAGAAGUGAUCAUAUUUAGACUAAGCUGUAUGUUAUGCAUAUUCAGCAAAAGAUAUGCAAACCUUUCUAGGCUUUAUUAGUAUGAUUUCUGUAGCUUCCUAAUGAAAGUGCUGCUGACUUGUGAUCACCCUUCAUAAGUGUGUUCAUAAACUGUUGGUCGAACUUAGAAAUAUCCAUUAUGUUUUUUUUGUUUUUUUGAAACUCCUGCUAUUUAUAUAUAUAUAUAACAAUUCCCCAGGAUACUGCAGUCUUGAUAUUCCAGUGCAAAACCAUGUUUUCUGACAGUACUGAUUGUAUGUAAGAAUGUUUAUCAUGUAAGAGUGUCAGUCGCUGGUGUGUUACAAAUAAACCUGGUGCUUUUGGCUUCUGCUGUUCAUAACGAUAGUCAUCAUACAAAUCGUAUAUCUAAGUGAGAGAUGAGUGCACAUCUCUGUUUUUUCCUCUCCUUUAUAUUCAUGGAAAGGCUUGUAUUACACUGGAAGUUCAGAAACAUCCAGUAAGAACAGUGUUUAUAAUAUCAUAUCUCAACCAAAAUUUCAAAGCCCACCUCCUUGAAGUGAGCACAUCGAAAACAAACCCCUUACUAUUAAAAAUCAGAAAAAAAUAUUUUAUGAAGCAAGUUUGUCAGGAAAUACUGAGAAAAAUAAAAUAAAACAUCUGUCUGUAGAGGCCCCUUUGCACACUUCUAUGUGUUAGGAUAGGAAGAAGUAUUGUUGCACAGUGAGUCUGUUGAAAUGAUACUUGUUGCACAGCAAAAUAAUAUGACUGGGGCAGCCUGGAGAUAAGUACUUCCUGAUGAAGAAUACCAAUUUUGGUUGCUAUCUUUUAGGCUGCUGUACUUUUGGCUACUUUGUUUCAAGAUUUUGAGGUUUCUGUUGCAUGUUCAAGGCCCAUUACCUCAACCCUCAGAACUGUGCGACUUUAACUGCAUUACUGGAAAACAUAUACUACUUCCAAAAUUGUGGCCUCUUGGAAUAUUCUCUCUUAUCUGAGGUUGAAUGAUCUUGAAGUUAAUAUGAUUAAGUAGUGGAGUUGUGGGGUGCAGGAACAGUUAUCCAUACUGGGGGUUCAGGGGCCUUUUCCCAUGCAAGAAAACACCUUAAAUGUAUCGAGUGACUUUCAAAGUUUGUCCUUACUUUGUUAAAUCAUACUUGCAUUAUCAAGUCUUGAACUUAAAAUCUUGUAUCUUGACAUCACAAAUAUCUGUCAACUGUAUGAUAUCAGGAAAUAGAAACUGUCUUCCUAGUUAUGCAGUGUUACAUGUCAUAAUGUAAAAACAUGAUUUAGCAUACCGAGGAAAGUGUUAGGUGUUAAGAUUUGUACUGUUUGCUGUAGCUUAGAGUUCUUGAAUGGUACUAUAAAAUCUGCCUAGAAUGUGAGGUUGCAAAUUAUUUCUGGCUAUUUUUUUUAUUAAUAGUUCUAAUGCCCUUGUCUAAAUGAACGGUACCUCAGUUAUUUAUUAUUUAAUUUUCAUAUUGUAAUUGCGUUAUCUGUGUUCAUCAUAAGGCAGUGGUGUGCUAAAAAAGUAAAUUAACUCCUCCCUCCAUACCUGAUGCCACUGUCUAGGAAUUCUCUGCCCUUAACUUGAGGAACUUUGUACACACUGAUUUAAUUUAAACUAAAAUGUUACAAAAUGUUUAAUGAGAAAUGUUACUAGAUGUAUCAUGGAAAAAUGUCACCAGAUUUUGAAUGAAAAAUGCUACUUGCUGAGUGGAUUCAGCACUGGUGCUGAGCAAGGAAGAAAUACAUUGUGGGGAAGCCAAGUAAAAUGAUGCAGCUGUUCAUCUAAUUGGCAUGCUAGUUCUACUCAAGAAUGCACCCACUGCAACUGCAUACAUCAAGUAAAUCAACUCAAUGGUUGUUCUACCUGCUUUUUUAAAACAAACUGAGCCAGCUUAAGUUGACUAAAACAAAGUAUUCUCAUCUUCUUAUGCUUCUCAUGGAAGCUUGUUCCUCAGGUUUACCACUCACAGAGUGAAAUAAACUUUUGUAUACAAA